GUCCAGUUGUCCUUCAGUGAAUGAGUCAGAAACUUUUAUAAGAACUCUUGUAAUAAAAAUACACAGAUAUGUUGGUUGUGUUUUGUGGAACCGCAAAAAAAAGCUAAAAGUUGAAACAUUUUAUGAAUUUGAAACAUGAUUUUCACUCACAUUCAACAGCAUUACUCCAGAUGUGGCUCAUUUAAUGAUUUAUUUCAAAAGUUGCAAACAUAUUGUGAGAGAAUAGCUGUCCAGCUUUGGUCUAUCUUUAGCUCGGGCUCACAGUGUUCGGCUGUAACCAAACUCCAUCUGUCAAGUCACGUCCUCUUCCUGCUCCCCCUUCUCCUGUAUCACUGCAGCCAGGCUGGGGGGGGGCACUUUGGUCUGCCCUCCGAGCCAGACAGACGGGCUGAAGGAGCAGACAGCUGCCGACCAGACCGCGGUAUGGAGGCUUUGUGCAUGCGGGCUUCGGAGCCAACUCUGGAGAGGGAUGGUGGCGAGGGAAAGCUGGAGGCCUCCGUGGAGGAGGAAAGUGACGAAAGUGACGAGGACUCCGAGGCAGAGCCGCCGCCGGUUGUUCGCAGGAAGGUGUCGUUUGCAGACGCCUUUGGCCUCGAUUUGGUGUCGGUGAAGGAGUUUGACAACAUCGAGGUGGCGGAGGCCGAGGAAAGCUGGCCCGAUGGAGGAGACCAGGAAUUCUACCUGACCUGUCUGUUUACGGUUCCCCUUUCCCCUGAGGAGCUGGAUCUGAGGCUCCAGGCGCAGAUGCUAGAGCUGGAGAGCAUUGAGCUCCUACCGGGCACCACCACCCUACGCGGCAUCAUCCGGGUGGUAAACCUCUGCUACGCCAAGAACAUCUACGUCAGGAUGACCCUGGACCAGUGGAACAGCCACUUCGACCUGCCGGCCGAGUACAUCCCCGGAUCCAGCGACAUGAGGACGGACCGGUUCGCGUUCUGCUACACCCCGACUCCUCCCUUCGAGAAGGAAGGCACCAGGGUGGAGUUCUGCCUCCGUUACGAGACGCCGGCCGGCACAUUCUGGGCCAACAACAAGGGAAUGAACUACAUCCUGUUCUGCCACCAGAAGCCGCGUGAAAAAGAGAACCAAGAUGAGACCAAAACCAAGAGGAGCUGCCUCAAAGCUCAGAGCAGAAAUGGGGGUGCAGAGGAAAAGACAUGGGAGCCUACGGUGUCUGCAGGUGUGUUUGGCAUUUCUGCAUGCUUGCAUGCGCAUAUGCAUGAACAAUUCUGCUUAAACGUUCUUUUUUUUAAGCCCCUUUUGGUUUGUUUUGUUGCAGAAUCAGAGGCACGAAUUGGAAUAGAUACUUGUGACGGGGAGAAGAAGGUGCGGCCAGACUUCUCCCUUCAAGGUCAAGAACACAAAACUUUGGUGGAAAGCAUAAAAAGCAGGCGCAGGGCGGCCCGUUUGGCGCGCGUGCAGGACUUCUUCUCCCAGAGGAGGCAGCAGCUACUGAAGGCUUGUCCUCGUGACUCAGCCAGCGGCCGGGAGACUUCUCAAGCGGAGCCAUCUCUCCGGAGUGACUGCCCCGGCGUUCUCCGUAAAUGCCCAAAGACGCGACUGAGCGAGAGUCCACAGGUGCUCACCUACCAUCAGAUCCCCCUGCUUCCACUGGACUGGAACAGUGACACGGCGCAGCAGUGGGGGCCCGCUGACGCGGGUGACAUCUGGACUGGGAGAGCGAAAAUGACUUUGUCAGGCGCAUCAGAACAGGAUCCAGCCUCCGUUAAUGAUACGUGGGAGCCCUUUCCCGACACUGCAGGCGGCAGCGACAAUAAAGCGGCGGCGGUGAGCGAUGUAUGGCAGGUUUUUCUUAAUGGGCCCCGCUGCAUGGACCACUCUGAUGUUCCAGAGUCAGAGUGGCUCCAGACAGCGGCGUCGGUGUCUCCUUCAAAUGAUAAGCGGCCCCGGCUUCAAUAUUCAGCAGGAAGUCAGGAGUUUGAAGAGUUUCAGAUGGGCACAAAUGCACCUGGCAACUUGCACACCUUAGCUGCGUGUCAGCCCCUCUCAGACUCCUGUGAGACGUUGUCAGCUACUGUUGCCUCGAACACUAAAGCUCGUCAGCCGGUGGAGGCGUGUGACAGCAGCCCGGGAGAUGACAGCGCAGCCGCACAAGAUGCACCCCAAAGGUCACAGACAGGGUCUAAAACAGACACCACUCGGGAAUUUAGCCUCCAGAGGGCAGCGUCCAAGGACUCUGCCGGCAGUCCUGGCGAGUGUCACAAGCUCACUGCCUCAGAGCAAGAAGCAGGGGGGACGAUGGGGGGAGGAAUUGAAGGAGACGAGCCCUUCACAUUGCACACAGAUGAUUCGGUAACAAGCUCAGGGGAGCUGGAGACAACAGACAUGACAGCCGUGCCAGAGUCUCCGAAUGCCAGCGCCGAUGAUAGGAUCUCACAGGGAGCAAGGCUGGAUGAGGGUCUUUCUUCCAGAGGAGAAGGGGAGGUUACAGGUACCCCCCCAGACAAUGCACCGAGUGACACGCUGGCAUUUAGGGAGACAAUCAGACAGGAGACAAAGGAUGCGGCGAGGUAUGUAUUUUCUGCAUCCAGACAAGCACUGGAGGAGAGGAUCACGAUGAACUAUACUGAAAAGAAAGAGCCUUGUGGAUCAGAGGUAUUUAAGCAACAGGAAACAAGGGAAUAUGGCAGAUCCCAAAAGUGUGGAGAUGAGGGUUCCACAAAGGAGGUCGAAGUUGGAUUUGAUCCCUACCAAAUAUCCCAACAAGAGUUUGAGCCAAUAGGAAUAAAUACAGAUGGAGGGUUGGAGGAGCGUAAAAACAUAGAAGGCAAGGUUCCUUGGGUUGAUGGAGAACAGAUUGGGACAGGAACCAGAAUGUCAUCAGAAACUUUGUUUGGGUUGAUGGGAGACAAAUCGUCUUGUGACGAACCGUCAAAGUCCAACCGAGCAAGUGGAGAUCAAAGGCUGAAAUCAGAAACAACUGAAGAAGUAUUAAAUCAAAAAUCAGAAGAGGCGAGAUCAGGACACAAUGAAAAAUCUGUGGAGUACACAAAGCCUUCAGUACAUCCGACAACGGAAUCAACGGCAAUUGACGAAAUCUUUCAAAUCGAUCAACCUUGUUUGAUGGAAAAACCCAACCUCCAUCCUUUCGAAGUGAAAGAUUCGAGACAGAUUGACUCAGGGCGGGAGAUGAGGGGUCAAAAAGAGGGCAUAGGGGGUGUAAAAAGCUCCAGGGAGGAGAGUGAAGCAACUAGAGGCUCUUCAGCAGAGACAUCAGAAAGAAUAGAAGACGAUACAAGUCAGGGAAACGAGUGGACGAGCACCGGAGAGCUGACAACAGAGGCAACGAGGGAGUUGGUGGUGGAGAGGCCUCAGGGGGAGGAGGAGUACGCAACAAAGAAAGAGGAGUUGACAGCAGAAGCUGAGGGCCCUCCACUUGAAGAUGAAACCGCGUCAAAUGAAACGGCAUCGCUGGGAAUGGAGCUCGUGGAGAGAUUCGGAGAAGGUUUGGUGAGGAGGAUUUUGGAGGAGGUCUUUGUUCGACAAGGGAAGGUUUCCAGUGGAAAUGAAAUGGGAGAUUGCCAACUUUUGGAGAAAGAUCCUGUUGACACCUUUUCUUCUGAAGGUCUAUUUUCAGCAGAGACAAGCUGGAGUUUCAAGCAAAGUUAUACGAUCCAUAGUAGAUGUCAGCCACUGAGCUCCACAGAGCCCUCCCACGUUCCCCACAAACUCCAGGAGACCCCCAAUUUAGCUCCUCCCGACGAACAAAUGACUGAAACGACCCAACCAUUGACGAAAUCAAAACAAUCCCACGUCCUACUAUGGUGGUCUAUAUUAUACAUCAUCGUUCACAUAACCAGACUGAUACUCUGCACGCUGCUGGUUAGUGGAUUCUUUCUUGUCGUUUUCCUCUACGAUUUCCCAGCAUUCUUUGCUCUCUACGUCUUUUCAAUGUGGUGUUGGAUCUUUAAGUGGAGAAGAUGGACAAAGGAAUCGCUGGGUAGACAAAAGCGUAAAAGCUUUGAUGCAUCGCCACCCAACGAACUUUAAUCGUCUUUUCAUGUGUUUUGAAGAAGAGUCUGAACUGUACUGAUGCUAGAUACUAUGGCAGUGUGCGCUUUUAUAUUUGAUUAGAACACUGUUGUGUGAAGUAUUGCAGUAGUCAACCCAUAUUUCAGUCAUCUUUAGCUGCACGUGCUUGUACACCAGCAGUCAUUUUUGAAUUUGUUGAACAUGUUUUGGACGUAAACUGAUUUUGUUGUG